AUGGCUCAACAGCGACCACAGGAUACAGUGCAAUUUUACAAGGAAUCUGAAUUAGAUGCGGAGGGUAAUCAGUUAUUUAGAUGUGAAUUUUGCAGACAAGAUUCAAAGCCUGAUUUUAUCGAUCAUGUUUAUCGAAUGAUAUGUCAUAUUGGACGAAAAAUACUGAAUAAUUACAAAAUAGAGGACACCGAAUUUGCGAAAUGCUCAUUUUGUCGGACGCAGAUACCCUUGGAAGGUUUGGAUUCGCACACUGCUGAAGUACUUGCGGCCUUAAGCAGACACUUGAUCCCACAUAUUGACAAAUAUUCGGACAUACUAGAAGAAGAAGUACAAGAAUUACGUUCCGUAGACGAAGCAUUCAUACAAAGUGAGCUAGAAAAAGAAGAAAAUAUGCAAUUAGAAAUAAACAAAAAAAAACAAGAUAUUGAUAAGGAAGUUUCAAUGGAAAAGACUCUAAGAAGUAUAGAAACGGAAGAUCUUAAAACGCUACUGCAACGAUACAGAAUGAUAUUAAAUGAAGAAACAAAAGAACUAUUUUGUGAAAUACAUAAGAAUUACGAACAUAAAUAUGAUGCUAAUAAGUCAUAUUGCAUAAGAAACCAUUGGGAAAUUUAUCACGGGCCGAAAAAUAUGAUUUACGAUGACAUAAAAUAUGUAAAAUGUGUAUUUAUCUUAUUUCGAAAUUACAAAAUAACGGAUGGAACGUUAGCAACCUGCUCUGAGUGUGAUUAUUCAGAAAAUUUGGAAAAAGACAAUCAAUUGUAUGCUGAAAUUUUGAUAACUCUAAGAGACCACUGGUACCAAAACCAUCGUCAAAAUUUAACAUAUUCACAAUCUUAUAAACAUGGACAUCAAGCUCUACGAGAAAUAGUGGAACAAAUAAAGAUGAAAAGGCAAGAAGCUGCAACGCAGAUAUCACAUCCAGCGGAGAGACAUGAGAUUCAAGAAGUACACAGUAUUGAGCCUGGACAAGACAUUCCGAGUGAGGGUGUACCAGAGACACAAGAGACACCAGAGGCAGAGUCCAGCGAAAUACGAAGUACUGCGACGCAAAGUUCUGCAACUGUGGAAAAUAUGCCAAGACAAAGCAGUGACGAUGAAGAUAUACCAGUCUCCGGCGAAACGCAAAGUCCUUUGACUGUGGAACCACUAUCAAAACAAAUAAGAUUAGAUCCUGAUUGAAAUGUAGUUGAUUAAAUGUUACUGUGACGGAUUCUCAUUUGAUUACGAAAGAAUUACACAAACAAGUAGCAUCCAUAUUUGGCUGGAAGAUCAAAGAGUAAAACAUGCAAUUCUGAAUGUUCAUCGUAAUAGGAUCAAAUUACAAA